CCGAAAAAAUCAAGCAAAAAUGGGGAAGAAGCAGCACAGCAAGGACCGAAUGUACCUGACCAAAACGGAGUGGGCCACCGAAUGGGGCGGCGCCAAGUCCAAGAUCGCCACUCCCUUCAAACGCCUCCCCUUCUACUGCUGCUCGCUGACGUUUGUGCCGUUCGAAGACCCGGUCUGCACCGCCGACGGCAGCGUUUUCGAGAUAAUGAGUAUAGUGCCGUAUAUCCGAAAGUUCGGGAAGCAUCCGGUGACCGGAGCUCCGUUGAAGCAGGAGGACCUCAUUCCAUUAACGUUCCACAAGAACAGUGAUGGAGAGUUUCAGUGCCCUGUUUUAAACAAAGUCUUCACUGAAUAUACGCACAUAGUUGCUGUGAAGACGACAGGAAAUGUCUUUUGCUAUGAGGCAAUUAAAGAAUUGAACAUCAAGACCAAGAACUGGAAGGAGCUCCUCACAGAUGAACCAUUUUCUAGGGGCGACCUGAUAACCAUUCAGAAUCCGAAUGCACUCGACAGCAAAGUUCUUGUGGAAUUUGACCAUGUUAAAAGUGGUUUAAAAAUUGAUGAUGAAGAGUUGGACCGAAUGACUUCUGAUCCAACCUAUAACAUAAAUGUAACUGGCGAUAUCAAGCAGAUGCUCAAAGAGCUUGGAACUGAGAAAGGAAAGCAAACUGCACUGCAUGGUGGUGGUGGCUCAAAGGCCCAAAAUGAGCGGGCUGCUGCACUUGAAGACAUUUUAGCCGCAAGGGCUCGCAUUAAAGAGGAUCCCAAAUCAAAAUCAAAUGGGGAGACCCCUCAGGCAUACAGUAUUGUAGAUGCUGCUUCUGCUUCAGUACAUGGAAGAAGUGCUGCUGCUGCUAGAGCCACAUCUAGUGAUAAAACUGCUGCUCGAAUAGCUAUGCACAAGGCCGGUGAAAGGGCACCAAUCAAUGCAAAGAUGGUAAAGAGCAAAUAUACCACUGGUGCUGCUUCUAGAUCCUUCACUUCUACUGCCUUUGAUCCUGUCACUGAAAAUGAAUUUGAGUAUGUCAAAGUUGAGAAGAAUCCAAAAAAGAAAGGAUAUGUACAGCUUCAUACAACACAUGGUGAUUUGAACAUCGAGCUACACUGUGAUAUAACCCCCAGAGCUUGUGAGAACUUCAUCACACUCUGUGAACGUGGUUAUUAUAAUGGAGUAGCUUUUCAUAGAAGCAUCAGGAAUUUUAUGAUCCAAGGUGGUGAUCCUACCGGUACUGGGAAAGGUGGUGAAUCUAUAUGGGGAAAGCCUUUUAACGAUGAAUUAAACUCUAAGUUAGUUCACUCUGGAAGAGGUGUUGUUAGUAUGGCCAACAGUGGCCCUCACACCAACGGUUCCCAGUUUUUUAUCCUUUACAAAUCUGCAAACCAUUUGAACUUUAAGCACACAGUUUUUGGUGGAGUAGUUGGGGGCCUGACCACACUGGCAACAAUGGAAAAAGUUCCAGUUGAUGAUGAUGAUCGACCUUUGGAGGAAAUCAAGAUUACAAGUGUUACAGUUUUCGUUAAUCCAUAUACAGAACCUGAUGAAGAGGAAGAAGAGACUAAAGUGAAGGAAGUGGAGGAUGAAGAUAACGAUAAAGUUGGGUCUUGGUAUAGCAAUCCUGGUACCGGAACAGCAGGAUCCGGUGUUGGUGGUGGCGGUGGCGGUGUAGGGAAGUACUUGAAAGCUAGGAGUGCUCUACCAGAAUCAGCUAUUGUUGACGCUGGUUCGACAGAGUCUGCUGUGCCGAAGAAAAGGAAAUUGGCUUCCGCUGGAGAAUUCAAAGAUUUUUCCUCUUGGUAAUGGCCAGUUUCCCAUAUGUUGUAUUGUACCAAAUGUAGAUAAUGUUCCAGAGUAAUUAUUAGGCAGCAUUGUAUACUGUUUUUGAGCUAGGAUGAAUUAAUUACAGAAAGAAAAUAAUAGAUUGAAAUUGAUGAGUGUGUGAUUCUUUCCAUCAACACCUGAUGGGCAUAGAAGAUGGAACCGCCCGGCUUUAGAAUAAAGUUUUGUGUGUCAGAGUAAGCACCAGAUAUUGUUUAAAGAGUUGUACUCUCAGUGACUCAGUCUCUCCUUAUUGUGCUA